AUGGCAAACCAUCAAACAAUCGUUGCAUUAGAAACAUUCGUGUGUCCCAUUCCGCCUCUGGAUUCACUUCCAUGUCCUUAUACCCUCCAUUCAUACGAACGAACGCAUAUAUCGGAAAUCCACGAGCGAAUCGCACAGGCCACAGUCCUACUUGUCACUACAAUCCCAAUUCGCGCAGAUGCCCUCGACGUUACAGUCUCUCCGCAUUUGCGAGCUAUCGUUGUUAUGGCGUCGGGCACGAAUAACAUUGAUCUCCACGUUUGUGCACAACGGGGCGUCGUGGUCAUGAACUCGCCGGGAGCCAAUGCCAACUCCGUGGCACAGCAUGCUUUGACACUUUUGCUGGCAGCUAGGAGACAGCUUAUCCCUUCUCAUGUAGCCACCGUGGGCUUAGAUCAGAAGGAUGAUGAAGAGAGUCAGUGGGAGAAGAAGGGCACAUUAAUGAUGAUGUUGAGGAAUACAAGAGAUAAUCGGUUUCCUAUAGCAUUGAAAGAAGAAAUUAUCGGUAUUAUCGGUUAUGGAAUUGUUGGUAAGCUUCGCUCCAUCUACUUAAUACACCGCCCCAUCCCAUCACUAAGCAACGGGCGAAUAGGUAAACUGGUGGCAGAUAUGUGCCGAGCUCUUGGUAUGACCGUGAUAGUCGCAGAUCGCAAAAAUCCAUCGACAUCAACCAUAACAAGUGGCGAUCGCGUUCCAUUCGAAGAGGUCCUUCGAAAAUCGACUGCAGUGGUGCUUUGUGUACCACUCACAUCGUCAACCAUGAACUUAAUAUCCGUCGCAGAGCUGCAGUUGAUGGGCGAACAAUCGCUCCUUAUAAAUGUAUCAAGAGGAGGCGUCGUGAACGAAGAUGCGCUAGCUGAGGCUCUGAAGUCGGACUCGAUUGGCGGUGCUGCCACCGAUGUCUUUGCAAAAGAGCCGGCAUCCUCCACAACGAGCCCAUUGUUACGAGCAGAUGUGAGAAAUACCAACCUCACAGUUACACCGCAUUUGGCAUGGUUGGCUCAAUCAACAAUUGGGAACUAUCAACGAGUAUUGAUAGAGAAUUUAUGCUCAUUUUUCGACAAUAAGCCAAUCAAUGUCGUAGCUGCAGUGGCAUAG